AUGCAGACUGAACGUGCAGUGACAGCUGGAAUUGGCGGGAAAGCCUCCAACAGCUGCUGUCAUUCGCUAUUCACGGAAUUCAUUUGCUGCAAAAUAAAUUGUUUAACAAAAGAAAAAGUUAAAGUUAAUUAAUUAAGAAGCACGUCGAUAAUUUGAUUUAAAUAUUGUUUGAGUUGAAUAUUGUUUGUAGAAUUUGUGUUGACUGUUUGUGCAAUUUCAACACUGCACGCAAAGAAAAGUGCAGAAAAAAAAGCGCGCCGCUCAGCGUCAUCUUUGUCCAUAGAAGUCUCAAGUUCCUGCGCGUACAGUCAGCAUGGCUAAGGUGCAUAUUACCAAUGUUGUGGUGCUGGACAAUCCAAGCAGUUUCUUCAAUCCAUUUCAAUUCGAGUUGACAUUCGAGUGCAUUGAGGAACUGAAGGAAGAUCUCGAGUGGAAAAUGAUCUAUGUUGGCUCCGCUGAGUCCGAGGACUAUGAUCAAGUGCUGGACACUAUAUACGUUGGCCCAGUGCCCGAGGGUCGUCACAUAUUCGUCUUUCAGGCCGAUCCGCCAGAUGUUAGCAAAAUUCCCGAACCGGAUGCAGUCGGUGUAACUAUAGUACUCCUCACCUGCUCGUAUCGCGGCCAGGAAUUCGUGCGUGUUGGCUACUAUGUAAACAAUGACUAUGCUGACCAGGAGAUGCGUGAAAAUCCGCCACCCAAGCCGCUUUUUGACAAAUUGACGCGCAAUAUUUUGGCCAGCAAGCCGCGUGUCACACGCUUCAAAAUCAACUGGGAUGACGGACACAGCAAUGGCAGCGCUUCCAAUGGACACGAGAAUGGACACGAUAUGCAGAUGAUGCACGACGAUGGACCCUCAACAUCGUUGGCUUCGGCGUCGACUUCAGUUCAGCAUGAAGCGGCUAUGGAUGACAACAGUCUGGCAAUGCCGAUGGAGAAUGGAGUCAAGGCGCUCAAUGAAAACUCAAAUUCACUUGCCAUGGAAUGUUGAAACGCGUCCACUGCAGUUUAACUGUAAAAGCCACACACUCACACACAGAGCUCCUGGCCCCAUUAAUUAAGUACUUGUAAUUUAAAUAUUUAAAUAAUAAAUUAAAUAUAUACCUAAUUUGCAUACUUGCAAUUGUUUUGUGGUUUUCUCCUGGUCACAUUUGCCGGUGUUUCGAUUAAAUUUACAAUCUAAUCGAUAACAGCUAUCGAUCGAUUCACAUAAGCGCGCAUUUGUUCUCAACUUUAAAAUAAUGGUCUUCGACUUAUACUAAGCUUCUAUAUAUAUUAAAUAUAAACAAUCAAAGCCUACAUACAUUUAGUCCAGUAAGUGUUUUGACUAAUUAAAAAAUUCACAUAUAAUUUUGAAAAA